AUGCAUCAGAUAAUUCGGACACUUUUCCAGAGGUUAAUCCUCUUCUUUAUCUGGGGUUGGAUGUUCAUCGUGGUAGGUCCUGUGGUAUUAGCGACUUCUGGAACGGUGAGCUUCGAAGGCUCCCCAGCCUUCGCCUCACAGCGGCCAUGUGUACAGGACGACUGUUUUGGCAGUGAUACUUUGGGAAACCCUUACUUACUCGCGAGUGAUAUUGGUUGCGAGACAAAUCCCGUGGAAAACGAAUGUUUUUGCCGACCAGACUUGCAGGAAGGUGCGAAGUCAUAUCUGAGCAGUUGUGUGUAUAGCGCUUGUAACCAAAUGACGCUGGAUGUAAACAGCGCCAUCAAGAUCUAUACCGACUACUGCACUAACAACGGUUUCACUGCCGCAACCACCAGCAGUCCAGCAUCUACGACUUCAGGUACGCGAUAUUCUCCCGCUACCAUGACUGUGACGGUAGUGCAGACGGUUUCCGUCGCUGGAGCGCCGCAACCUACAACUACCACAUCAACAUCAUAUCUCUCUUCAACCCAGCUUCCCACUAGCCAAACAACAUCUCAUACAUUCAUAGGCCAGACCACCCAAUCACCCACAACUACCAUUAUAACUAUGGCUAGUGGUAGCUCGAACUCGAGCUCGGGCUCCAGCAAUGGUAACGGUCUUGACGUUGGAGGAAUAGUGGGCAUAGUGGUGGGCAUUCUAGGAUUUCUCGCAACAGCUGUCGGAUCAUGGUUCUCAUACAAGGCCUUGAAGAAUAAGAAGACUUCGUCAGCAAACAUACCAUGA